AUGGUGAAACUUAUUGAUGAAGCUGAGGACAGGCUGGACAUGGCUGUGAUGGACUACUCUCCAUGCACGCGCUAUUUAAAGCCGUUGAACUCAUGGUACGGUAGACUCGACGAAGCAGUCCGAAGAGCUGCUUUCGACAGGCAAGUCAAGGUACGGUUUAUGGUCUCGCGCUGGCCUCAUACCUCGUACGCAACGUAUUCCUAUCUCCAUUCACUGCAGGAUAUUAGCAGUCAGCUUCAGUGCAAAUAUCAAGCUGGAAAAUGCAUUCGAGGAUCAAUUGAAAUUCGCUUGAUUCAAGUGCCUGAUAUGGAUUACGGUAGUAUUCCAUUCGCUAGAGUUUAUCACAAUAAGUAUUUUGUUACCGAAAAAGCUGUAUAUGUUGGAACUUCUAAUUGGACUCCUGACUAUUGGAAAUAUACGGCAGGAAUAGGAAUGGUCGUGCGAUCGGAUGACACCAGUCAAGAGUCAUUUAUGGUGAACCAAUUCGCAAAGAUUUUCGAGAGAGAUUGGACGUCAAACUACGUCAUUCCAUUGUCAUACUUUGAUAAUGACGGGAGAUGGACGAACACUACAAACUCGUUUUUAUAA